GCAGCGCGGCGGAGACAGCCCGCGGCGCGCCUGUGCCCGCAGGGCUUGGGGGUGGGCGCGGGGCCCGCAGCGCGCCCCCCCUGCCCGGGCCUGGAACACCCGAGUAGCGCCGCGGGCGCGAGCACUUAGGAAACACGAUCUUCCUCCGGGAACCGGGCGGGGGUGCGGGGGCACAGUCUCCCUUUACAAAUCUGCCACUGGGGCGCCCUCUACCACCGGGUUGUCCGGUCCUGAGGGAAAACUCCUAGGUGUGCCAGGCCCUCAAUUGGAGAGGCAACUGCUGUCCGGGGGCCCCCCAGAUGGCGCGGCGAGCCUCUCUCCGGCGCUCGGCCCGCGCCCCUCCCCGCUCCUCCCGAGUCCCGCCUUCUGCUCCGCCCGGGCGCCCCGAGGGCAAACGGGGGGGGGGGGGCGGACGGAAUUUCCCAGCGCGGGGGCUCCGGCUUCCCCGCAACCCGGCAGUCUCUUUCUGUUUACGGAGAGAAAGGGGAAAUGGAAAAGGCGGGGAGGCGGCGGCUGGCGUCUGCUGCGCCGCCCCUCGGCCGGCUCAGACGCCGUGAGUCAGGGGCCGACGAGGGCGGCCCGGCCUGGGGCUCACUCGUCCGCUCCGCUCUGGACGACGCGCCACGCUCCGGGGCCGGUCGCCCUGGCUCCAGCUUCUACUGCCGUCGGACCUCGGUGCCACGGCGCGCCCGGCUCCGGAGGACCGGCCACCUGCUGCGCACCGAGGCGUCGGGAGGCCGCGGCUGGAGCGCUCGGCCCACGGGGGCGCGCGGAGGCCGCAGCGCACCAGCACUUCGGGUGUGGGCAAUGCGUGGGGAAGCAGGGACCCGCUGUCACCGCGCCUCCCGCUGCGUACGCCGCCUGGACGGCUGCCCUCUCCCUGCCGAGCCCCGAUUCUCUACAAAGCACAACAGUAAUGGAGUACAUGAGCACUGGCAGUGACAACAAAGAAGAACUCGAUUCAUUAAUUCAACAUUUGAAUGUGUCUGAUAUAAUAGACAUUAUGGAAAAUCUUUACCCAAGUGAAGAGCCACCAGUUUAUGAACCCAGUCUAAUGACCAUGUGUCAAGAUAGUAAUCAAAAUGAGGAGCGCUCAGAGUCUCUGCUACUCAGUGGCCAAGAGGUGCCUUCGUUGUCGUCGGUCAGACGUGGAACCGUGGAGGAGCUGCUUGCUUUUGCAAACCAUAUAUCGAAUACUGCAAAGCGUUUUUAUGGACACCGACCACAAGAAUCUGGAAUUUUAUUAAAUAUGGUGAUCACUCCCCAAAAUGGACGCUAUCAAAUAGACUCAGAUGUUCUCCUCAUCCCCUGGAAGCUGACGUACAGGAAUAUUGGCUCUGAUUUCAUUCCUCGGGGGGCCUUUGGAAAAGUGUACUUAGCACAAGAUAUAAAGACUAAGAAAAGGAUGGCGUGUAAAUUGAUCCCCGUCGAUCAGUUUAAGCCAUCCGACGUGGAAAUCCAGGCUUGCUUCCGGCACGAGAACAUCGCUGAGUUAUAUGGCGUAGUCCUGUGGGGUGAAACGGUGCACCUCUUUAUGGAAGCAGGCGAGGGAGGCUCUGUUCUGGAGAAACUGGAGAGCUGUGGACCGAUGAGAGAGUUCGAAAUUAUUUGGGUGACAAAGCAUGUUCUCAAGGGACUUGACUUUCUACACUCGAACAAAGUGAUUCACCACGAUAUUAAACCUAGCAACAUUGUGUUCAUGUCCACAAAAGCUGUUUUGGUGGAUUUUGGCCUAAGUGUUCAGAUGACUGAAGAUGUUUAUUUUCCUAAGGACCUCCGCGGAACAGAGAUUUACAUGAGCCCAGAGGUGAUCCUGUGCAGGGGCCAUUCAACCAAAGCAGACAUCUACAGCCUGGGGGCCACGCUCAUCCACAUGCAGACGGGCACCCCACCCUGGGUGAAGCGCUACCCUCGCUCAGCCUAUCCUUCCUAUCUGUACAUAAUCCACAAGCAGGCGCCUCCGUUAGAAGAUAUCGCAGCUGACUGCAGUCCCAGCAUGCGAGAGCUGAUGGAGGCCGCCUUGGAGAGGAACCCCAAUCACCGCCCCAGGGCAGCGGACCUGCUGAAGCAUGACGCCCUGAACCCCCCCAGAGAGGACCAGCCGCGCUGUCAGAGCCUGGACUCGGCCCUCUUUGAGAGGAAGAGGCUGCUGAGCAGGAAGGAGCUGGAGCUUCCUGAGAACAUUGCCGAUUCUUCAUGCACAGCAAGCACCGAAGAAUCCGAGAUGCUGAAGAGACAACGUUCUCUCUACAUAGACCUUGGAGCCCUGGCUGGCUAUUUCAACCUUGUUCGGGGCCCACCAACAUUAGAAUAUGGCUGAUUAAUGACACCGUUUGCUCUAAAUUAAGACUCAGCAUUUAUCUCUUGGAAGCUGGUUCUCCUGACUCUGCACAGGGCCUCCGAAUAGUGAAUUGUGUCAUUUAUGAGCCAGCGGUAUGGGCUUCCACGACUCAUGAAUGUGACUCCACGUGGCUCCUGUGGGUUUGAUUUGUCAAGCUGCCCUGCUACCUGCCAACUCUGAAGGUUCUCAUUUCUCAGGUGGUGUGACUCACAGGAAGGAAGCUGAGCGUUCAGAGAAGAAUCGUUUCUGGUGACUGAUUCCAUUCACUGUGCACUUUGCUCAAAAUUUUGAAAAUACCAAUUGCGAGGAUAAUAGCCUCAAAUUACUAUUCUUGGUUCUAAUUUAAGUAUGGGAAUUGCAUUUAACUCAGAAUAGUUGUUUUAUGUAUAUUGGUGUAUAUUAUAUGAUAACUCUUUGAGCCUUUGUUGGGAAAGUCUAGUAGAAAUGAAAGUCAUUAUACUUUGGGUGAAUAGAACAACUUGAAUAUUGUAGCAAUAACCUGAACUAGCGUCUUAAAAAUGGCUGAUUAACUGGGAGCCGUCUGGCAGCAGGCCCCUAGUGACAGGUUCUGUUAUGUUCCUAUGGAAAUAUUUUGUACUGUACAUGCUAUGCUUAAAACAUUUAAAACAUGAUGUUUUGAAUGUGGAUAAAACUGUGUAAACCACAUAAUUUCUGUACAUCCCAAAGGAUGAGAAUGUGACCUUUAAGACAAAUAGAAACGUUUGUAAAUUUUUAAAGAUGCUACUUUUAUAAUUCUUAAGACUCUAUUUUCUUUUAAGCAUUUGUAUAUUAAAAUAGCAUACUGUGUAUGUUUUAUAUCAAAUGCCUUCAUGAAUCUUUCUUAUAUAAAUAUAUUUUUAACAUUGUAAAGUAUGUGAGUAUUCCUACUUAGAGUAUUUUUUUACAUCAUGCAAAUGAAACCAACUCUUUUAUCCAAUGUGAUGGUU